AUGACGUUAUCUAAGGCUAUGACGUCGGACCGAAUCCGCCCGGUGAGCGAAGAACACCGGCCAGCCGCAUGCCUGUCUCACAAACCUGAGGCAGCAACAGAGCAGCGCCUACCGUCGAUCAUCGACAUGACGACGGUCGUAAAAGGAGCGGCGCCGAAAAUGAACAGCGUCGUUAUCGUCGUUAUUGACAUUGCGAACGAUGACAUGCGUUCGUAUUCCCCUUUAUAA